GCUCAUGAACUGAAGAUGUAUAGAUGUAGAAUUUGCAUGUAAAAAUGUGUUUUGUAUAAUACACCGGUUUCUUCUCAUUUUUUCUAGUAAGUAUAGAUCGAAAUCACGAAGAAAUCAUCUAACCAGUCAUCUAAUGACUAUGUACAAUGCAUAUGACAUCGACAGCGUUUGGCUGUGCACAAUAUUAUGCAUUUUUCUUGGAACAUAUUACUACAUGAAGAAUCGUAACAAACGCAAAGGCCUUCCGCCAGGUCCAACAGGUUUACCUUUGGUCGGAUACAUUCCAUUCAUGGGAAAUCCAGCACGAAAAUUCAUUGAGCUUUCGAAGAAAUAUGGACCUGUAUUUUCUGUCAAUAUUGGGUCCGAAACAUAUGUGGUUUUGAACGACUACCAAUCGAUACAAGAGGCUCUCGUGAAAAACGGUCACGCAUUCUCUGGGCGUCCUCAGUCUUUUGUUCUUCGGAAAAUCACCGAAGGUUACGGGAUCAUAUUCAGAGAUUUUGAUGGUCAUUUCAAAGAUCAGAGAAAAUUUACACUUAUGACUUUAAGAGGUUUCGGUGUUGGAAAACGCAGCAUGGAAGACAGAAUCACAGAAGAAAUUGAAUAUUUUGCCGAGUUAAUUGGAUCUUACAACGGCAAAUCUUUCAAUUGCCAGACUGUUUUGUCAACCUCAGUUUCGAAUGUUUUAUGUAGCAUUGCUUUGGGGUCCAGGUUUUCCUACGAUGACGAAGUUUUUAAAAACAUUGUCGAAAUUCUCAACAAAGGAUUUGGUGACAGGAGACUUGCGAUACAACGUGCUUUGUUGGCAUAUGCCCCGAUUUUAAGACAUUUGCCUAUUUUUUCUGGAGCCUUCAAACGUAUAGAGAGUGACGUUACCAGUGUGUUAGAUGUAUUCAGAGACAUAAUUGAAGAACAUCGUAAAACCUUUGACAUUGAUAACACACGCGACUAUAUUGAUGAAUAUCUUAAACAAAUCGAACUAAGAGGCGAAAAAGAAUCUUCAUUUAAAGAACAACAGCUUCUACACACGAUGCGUGAUUUCUUUAUUGCUGGAACCGAAACUUCGUCAAGUACAUUGAGAUGGUCCUUUUUAUGCUUUGCCCAUUAUCCAGAAAUUCAAGAAAAAGUUUCAAAAGAAGUAAAGCAAGUCAUUGGGUCUGGAGUUCCUUCGAUGAGUCACAAAGAAGCAAUGCCAUACACGUGUGCGUUCAUUCAUGAAAUAACCAGAUUUAGAACGUUGGUACCUUUAGCAAUUCCGCACGUUACGACAGAAGAUGUGAAAUUCAAAGGAUACAGAAUACCAAAAGGAACACCAGUACUGCCGAACUUAUAUGCCGCAAAUCACGACCCAAACGUCUUUGAGCAUCCGAACGAAUUCAAGCCUGAAAGAUUCAUUGAUGACACUGGGAAAUUUGUUCCGAGUAAUCAAGUGGUUCCGUUCUCUGUUGGUCCAAGAUAUUGUCUUGGCGAACAACUUGCAAAAAUGGAACUCUUUCUUUUCUUAACCAACAUAAUACAAAGAUUUGAAAUCGUACCUGAUCCUGAAAAACCUCUGCCCAGUUUUCGGGACAGUGUUACCGGAAUGGCCGAUGUCGCCUUACCAUACGAACCUACGAAGUACCCUUUCGACAACGAUGAAAAGAAAAAUGAUCGAAUUCUACAUCCUAAUUACGCAUUUCUAGUUCUUGCUUGCAAGUUCACGCAAAUGUUGCAGUAA